GCGACGAACUUUCUGUGAUGUGAGUGUGUACAAAGCAGGCUUCCAUUCGGGUGGCUGCUGCUUUAAGCUGGACCAAGAGCGACUUAAGGGAAAGCCAGAAGCUGCGUGUGGGCCCCGGAGUUGUUUGCCCCUGCAGAAAAACAAAACCAGAUACGGGCAGGAGGAGAAAGAGGAGGGAACGUGCGAGUUUCGGAUCCGCUCUCGCCAUUUAUCAGUGCAUUGAUACUGAUACAUCCUGCACUUGGGGGGAGGGCUGCUUUUCCUACGGCGUCCUCUCCGAGUUUGCCUAAUGGCAACAAGCGGACACAGAAAGAAAAUCAGUGACAGAUAAAGCAGCGAUCGAGUUCAAAAGCAGCAGCCCCUUGCGCCGCCGAUCCGCGUUGACAGGCAGCAAGAGCAACAGCAGCGGCCUCGGCAGCCCUCCCUGCACACGCGCACACACACACCACACACACACAGAGCCCUGGAGGAAAGGAAGCCAAUAGCAGUGAGCAGGGGGGCAAAGCAGCAGCCCAGAAAAUAAGGAAGGAACGUUGCUUCUCUGCACGGGCAUCAUGUGGGUCUGUUUGUAAGAGAGGUUGGGGGGGGCAGAUCCCCUCUCCUUUCCUCCUCCCCCCCAACACAGGCACACAUACAGACACACACAUCCCGACAAGGAAGAGGAGGAGGAGGCGGUGAGGGAGCCGCAGAGGCCGCGGGAAUAAUAAGAGAAUUGAUUGUGAAAAAGGAAAGCAGAAGAAAUAUUUCCUGGCAAGAUGGCCGACUUGGAAGCUGUGCUCGCCGAUGUGAGCUAUUUGAUGGCUAUGGAGAAAAGUAAAUCUACCCCGGCAGCCAGAGCGAGCAAGAAGAUUGUACUACCUGAGCCGAGCAUCCGCAGCGUUAUGCAGAAAUACUUGGAAGAUCGGGGCGAGGUGACCUUUGACAAGAUAUUUUCUCAGAAGAUUGGGUUCCUGCUGUUCCGAGACUUCUGCCUGAAUCAGGUGGAGGAAGCCAAACCACUGGUGGAAUUCUAUGAAGAGAUCAAAAAGUAUGAGAAGAUGGACUCCGAAGAAGAUCGAGCUAUUAAGAGCCGCCAGAUCUUUGAUACAUACAUCAUGAAGGAACUGUUGUCCUGUUCUCACCCCUUCUCCAAGACUGCCACGGAAUAUGUGCAGAGCCGCCUCAGCAAGAAGCAAGUGCCACCUGACCUGUUCCAGCCAUACAUUGAAGAGAUCUGCCAGUGUCUGCGUGGGACUAUCUUCCAGAGGUUCAUUGAAAGUGACAAGUUCACACGGUUCUGUCAAUGGAAGAAUGUGGAGCUGAACAUCCAUCUGACCAUGAAUGACUUCAGCAUCCACCGGAUCAUUGGGCGUGGCGGCUUUGGCGAGGUCUACGGCUGCCGGAAAGCAGACACAGGCAAAAUGUAUGCCAUGAAAUGUCUGGAUAAGAAGCGAAUUAAGAUGAAGCAGGGGGAGACCCUGGCCCUGAAUGAGCGCAUCAUGCUCUCACUUGUCAGCACUGGGGAUUGCCCCUUCAUCGUGUGCAUGUCGUAUGCCUUCCAAACACCUGACAAGCUCAGCUUCAUCCUGGACCUGAUGAAUGGGGGCGACCUGCAUUACCACCUCUCCCAGCACGGGGUCUUCUCUGAAACAGAGAUGCGUUUCUAUGCAGCAGAGAUCAUCCUGGGGCUGGAACACAUGCACAACCGCUUCGUGGUGUAUCGCGACCUCAAGCCAGCCAACAUCUUGCUGGAUGAGUUUGGCCAUGUCCGUAUCUCAGAUCUGGGGCUUGCCUGUGAUUUCUCCAAGAAGAAGCCUCACGCCAGUGUUGGCACUCAUGGGUACAUGGCACCAGAGGUGCUGCAGAAGGGGGUGGCCUACGACAGCAGUGCUGACUGGUUCUCUCUAGGCUGUAUGCUCUUCAAACUACUGAGAGGGCAUAGCCCCUUUCGGCAGCACAAGACUAAAGACAAACAUGAGAUUGACCGCAUGACGCUCACUAUGGCUGUGGAGCUACCCGACUCCUUCUCACCUGAGCUGCGCACUCUGUUGGAGGGGCUGCUACAGAGAGAUGUUAAUCGUCGCCUAGGUUGUAUGGGCCGUGGGGCGCUUGAGGUAAAGGAGAGUUCCUUCUUCCAGGGUCUAGACUGGCAGAUGGUUUUCCUCCAGAAGUAUCCACCGCCCUUGAUCCCACCGCGGGGGGAGGUGAAUGCAGCUGACGCCUUUGACAUUGGUUCCUUUGACGAAGAGGACACUAAAGGAAUCAAGCUGUUGGACAGCGACCAGGAGCUCUAUCGCAACUUUCCACUCAUCAUCUCAGAGCGCUGGCAGCAGGAGGUGACAGAGACCGUUUUCGACACAGUCAACGCCGAGACUGACAAGCUGGAGGCUCGCAAAAGAGCCAAGAACAAGCAGUUGGGCCAUGAGGAAGAUUACGCCCUGGGCAAGGACUGCAUUAUGCAUGGCUACAUGUCAAAACUGGGGAACCCCUUCCUGACGCAGUGGCAGAGGCGGUACUUCUACCUCUUCCCAAACAGGUUGGAGUGGCGUGGAGAGGGAGAAUCCCCGCAGUCCCUGCUCACCAUGGAAGAGAUCCAGACAGUUGAGGAGACACAGAUAAAGGAUCGAAAGUGCAUCCUCCUAAAGAUCCGGGGAGGCAAGCAGUUUGUCCUGCAGUGUGACAGCGACCCAGAGCUCGUGCAGUGGAAGAAGGAGCUGCGCGAUGCCUAUCAGGAAGCUCAGCAGCUGCUGCAGAGGGUGCCCAAAAUGAAGCACAAGCCCCGCUCUCCAGUGGUGGAGCUCAGCAAGGUCCCUCUGAUCCAGCGCAGCAGCAGCAGCACCAAUGGCCUCUGACCCUCCUUGACUUCCUCUCCCAUCCUUAAUUUAUUCGGCUGGGUUUGUCCACCGUCCCCACCCUCUCUCCUGUCUCUUUUUGCUGAUCGUUGUGACGUCCACCCCAGCCCCCUGGGGUAUUAUAGCGAGGGGGUGGGGCAUCCAGAAGGUGUGGGACAGGCUUCCCCCAUCCCCCACCACAUGGGGACUGAUACCUGUUUAAGGGGAAAGAACCUGAUUGGUAAGGUGGAUAAGUCUACCCUUCCCCCACAAAAGAAUGCUGGGAUGAAGGCCCUGCCUCUAAACAGGACCAACAGAAGUAGAUGUUCUGAGGCAUGCCAUGCAUCUUGAGCACUUCCUACUUCCUCCCUGUGGGCGCCAGCCAUGUGCUAGUGCGUAUAUGAGGAGAAUCACAGGGCCUGCUAGCUUAGGCCUUGCUCCCCGUGGAGUGUGUGGGAGAGUAUGUCCGCUGAGGUGAGUCCCUUUACGCUAGCAGAGAUGAAGAGACAUAUCAGCAUGACAAUCUGAAUUCCCAACCCGGUUAUUUUCCAUUGCCAGCCUCUGGCAACAAUUCCGCAGCAGAUCCUGAAGAAAGGGUGCUCUGGUUCUGGCAGGGAUAGUUCAAGAGAGUGUGUUUUCCACUGCUGCUACCCACUGCUCAGAGAAUAUUGGUUAGGCAGUCAUAAGCAUCUCCUUCAGGAUUGGCUGGAUUUGCACUCUAGAGGGUGAUAAGGAAUUCCCUUGAAACGAUUAUGCUGUAACAAAAAUGUCUAACAAAAAUGAAGGCUUACUCCUGUUCUCCUCCCUGGCCUCUGUUCCUGAGUCCAGGUCAUUCAUCCUUCCCUGUGCUCUCUUUUUGUCCCACAAAAUGUCAUUCCAAACCUGAAAUGUUUUACCUGGGGCAGCAGCUGCAACAGUGGCUGCUCCUGCUGCAGCAGCCUUAGAAUUGUGAUUGUCUACCUGUGCUGUCAUAAGCAUUCUCUAUCAUCUGUGCCAAAUUUCAAGAUUAUGGUUGUACCCGUCCCAGCUGACCCAGGGGAGAAUCUGCAAAGUCUUUCUCCCUGUAACCUUGGGCCAAAUCUGGACAAGUUUCUUGCAUUUAACUUGCCCGGUCUGUACUGUUUCCUCUGACUCUUCUCUUUGGGGUAGGAUAAGAACUGCCUCUACUCUACUGCCAAACCCCAUCUUGCUUUGCUGUGGAAAAAGAGGGGGGCAGCAGAUUUCAUGCCAAAAGAGAUUCUGAGCUGCCCAAGUGCUCUGCUCAGGGCCUCUCUGGGCUGAGCCUAGAGUGGGAGUGCAGUAUCUGGAAGCUGAGCCUGCUUGAGGCCCUGUGCCAACUCCCAAAUGUCUGAAGGAUUCUGUAAAUAUCUUUGUGCCAAGGGGGCCAAGCUGGGUGUGGAAAAACCAGGCCCACUCUUUCCCCUCCAGCCCAAGAUCCCUCUCCUCUUCCCGCAGCAGUGUUAUGAUUCUCCCAAAGAAUUGAGGAAAAUCUCACGUCGAAUUAACCCUGUGCCCCUCCCCCUUCUGCCUCCAUUUGUGGUUUAACAGAGGGGUUAAGGGUGGAUGGCUUUCGGAUGGGGAUCAGGUCUUGUCCCCAUGGUCUCAUGCCCCAAGCGCAUGCAAUUGCCUCUGCUGCAUGCCCCCUCACGUGAUGAGUUUUGCCUGUUCUGCCGCCAGACUCCCACAUUCCUUCCAAGGCGAUUGGCCCUGGAAGGGGAUGGGUGGAACAGAGCCCCUUUCCCUGCAGUGUUUGUAAAUAUUGAUCUCUGGUUUGUCUCUCUGGGUUAUUAUUAUGGAUUUUUUGUCGAUUUUUGAAUGUGAUUUUAAUGAGUGAGAUAAAAGACUGUUUUUAUAAUAAAAAAAUCCAAAAUCCA